CAGCGAACGACGUUUCCGUAGCAACUAGGGCCGAUCCGUUAACCGCAGCGGCCACUGUAUGCUGUACUAUAAGGUCUUAUCGAGGAGUAGGGGGGAUUGUCGUCGGUAACCGGACACCAGCUCUGUCCUGUUUGGCACAGAGACGACCCAGUACCGAGGCGGGGAGCCCGCAGUUCCGUGCGGAGAUGCUGAAUAUGUGGAAAGUCAGAGAGCUGGUGGACAAAGCCACCAAUGUGGUUAUGAAUUACUCAGAGAUUGAGUCCAAGGUGAGGGAGGCCACCAAUGAUGACCCCUGGGGACCCUCUGGACAACUGAUGGGAGAAAUAGCCAAAUCUACCUUUAUGUAUGAGCAGUUUCCAGAGGUGAUGAACAUGCUGUGGACCAGGAUGCUGAAAGACAACAAGAAGAACUGGAGACGGGUCUACAAGGCUUUACUGCUGCUGGCCUAUCUAAUCAGGAAUGGGUCUGAAAGAGUGGUCACCAGUGCCAGAGAACACAUAUACGACCUGAGAUCUCUAGAAAACUACAAUCUUAUUGAUGAGAAUGGUAAGGAUCAGGGUAUCAAUGUACGUCAGAAGGUGAAGGAGAUGGUGGAGUUUGUCCAGGAUGAUGACAGACUGAGAGAGGAGAGGAAGAAAGCCAAGAAGAACAAAGAUAAAUACAUUGGAGUCUCCUCUGACAGUAUGGGAGGUGGUGGAGGAGGAGUAGGAGGAGGAGGAGGAGGAGGAGGAAGCGGAGGAAGCAUUAAGAACUCUACUGAGUUAGAUAGAAGCAAGUGGGAUGAGGACUGGGACAAGAGUAGAGGAGCUUUCCCUUUCAGCGAGAAGCUCGGAGAGAUCAGUGACAAGAUAGGCAGCACCAUCGACGACACAAUUAACAAGUUCAGAAAGAAGGAACGAGACGACUCACCAGACAGAAUUAGUGACAAUGAGGAGGACAGAGCAUCAAGAAAUGGAAGGCAGGAAACCCUUGAAUUUAAAGAUGAGGAAGAAACCGUCACAACAAAGAGCAUCCAGAUCACACAAGCAACAGAAACAACUACCACCACGACACGCAAACGUAGCGGAGCAACAAGCAGCAAGACCCUUGACCUGGGUGCUGCAGCCCACUACACCGGAGACAAGAGCCCAGAGGAGAAGUCUUCAGUCAGACAAUCCUCAAGUAGUGGUCUAGCUGACCUGCUAGUCAUCGACCCUUCAUCUAAUCAGGGCACUGCAACAGGUGGCAGUUCAGACCUCAUUGGCGGCUUUGCUGACUUCUCCUCACCUGCAGCCUCCGCCAGCCUCCCAACCACCACUGCUGCUGCAUCAUCCAAUGGAAAUGGAGAAUUUGGAGACUGGAGUGCAUUCUCAACCAAUCAGCCAGCCUCAUCCAGCUCUGGUCCCUCCCAUCAGGUCAAUGACUUGUUUGGCAGCGUCCAGUCACCUUCCGCCCCAACCUCUAAUCCUGCUCUUGUCCCACCUUCUGCGGAGCUUUUUGACCUGAUGGGCGGAGUUAACCACCAGCUAACCAAUCAACAUACAACAUUGAGUGCCUCUCAGAGCAUGACUUUCUCUCUGGGAGGGACGACGCCAGGAGCUUCUGUUGUUAUGCCCACCAUGCCCCUUUCUCGCUCUCAACAGAGUUUGGGAGGCAUGACAUCCCAGGAGCCUUUAGGACAACAGCAGAAGGUCGGCGUUGGAGGUCAAGGAUCAUUGGGGUCGACUUGGUCUGACCCCUCCGUCAACAUCAGCCUGGACUUCUUAUCAGCGGGUCUCAACCCUACUAAGACACCUCCCACACUCAACAACAUCAUCCAGCAACAAGGUGUGCCUGCUGUCAACCUGAUAGCCCAGAACUUUGGAGGGCUGAACCUCAGCUCCCCACCCCAUGUAACACCCAUCAGACCACCAACAAAUCCCAUGAUGGCAGGCAAUGCCAUGGCAAUGGGCAUGCCAACUUCCAUGACAACUGGCAUGCCUGCUUCAUUGGCAGCUAGUAUGCCCUCUUCAAUGAACACGGGGACCAUUGGGAUGGGAGGAAUUCCUGUAAACCAAGGCAUGAUGGGAAUGAACAUGAGCAUGAAUAUGGGCAUGGCUGCUCCAGUGAUGAUGGGUGGUAUGGCUGGCGUGGGAGUUCCAGGAGUGGGGAUGGGCCUUGCACACUCAAUCACCCCAUCUGUUGUUCCACCCAAACAAGAUGCCUUUGCUAACUUUGGCAGUUUUGGGAAAUGAAGAAGUGCAACUAAGUGUGUGUGAGAAUGUGAGUGUGCAUGACUGGCAUUAAGAGAGGACCACAGGAGGACUGCUUUACUUGAAAGACAAGCUUGCAUGUAUCAGUCUCUGCUUCCUCUCUUUGACAAGCUGGCACUUGUGAUUAUUCACCAUCAAAGUAUGUUGAUAUGAAGGGAGAGUCAGGGUAAAGUGCCCAUUGGUGCCCCUCAACCAACUGUUAUUUGAUGUGUGAAAUGAUGAUGUCACAGAGAGGACACCCCAAAAGCAGGGAGGUGUCAACCUUGAGUCAUUACUGCCCUAUGGGGAAACAAUCUUUACCAGUUUUUUUUAUAAAGACAGCAAAUUACCCCCUCCCCCCACAAACUGAAGUUUUCCUCUAACUGCACAGAGAAUCCAAUCUGCUAGGUUGACUCAAAUAAACAUGGCAUCUGCUGCCUUAAUUCAUCAUUGUAGCCUGAGAUAUCACAUUUUAUACAAAAGAAUAUAUCCCAAAAUUAAAGCCAUGCCAUGAUUGGCAUCUGUUACUUUCUCUCACUCCUUGUGCCAACAGUAUGAUACUAACAGUCUCUCCAGCAGAGGGCAGGAUGGGUGUAGACUUUGUGGGAGGACUUCUUGAGCCAUACCAGUGUAAAAAUAUCAUAUUACAACCGCUCCCUCUUUUUCCCUCCUGUCUUUUUCAUCAGGCCUCUGAAAGUUCACACUUACUCAGUUUGAUGAUGUUUACACAUUGUUUUGAGUGAAGCAUUUAACUUCUAAGAACAAAAGGUCCCUCACAUACUGUUGUGCUCUUUAUUUUACAAAAAUCUGAUUUUAUUACCGGUAAAUUGAGACUUGGAAUCUUCUUAACAAUUUCAUUUUUCUCAGAUUAAAGCCUGGUGAAAGGUCAGUAAAUGUUUCAUUUAGAGAACUAUUUACAGAUUAUUUAUCUUUUUAAGACCCUAUCUGAAUUGUGUCAUUUUUUAAAAUAGCUGUUAAAGAACACUUGAUGGUUAAGGAGCCAAAUUAGCAUUGCUUUCUGACACACAUCUAUCAUGUUAAUUAUACUUGGCACACAGAUAUGGAUGGAGGGAAAUAAUCUUUUUUGAAGAGUAUUUUUAAACAGGCUGUGGGAAGGGGAAAACAUUUGCCUAACAUCCACAUGCUACUUAUUCUCCCCCUACCCCCCAUUAUAAAAAAACAAGUGUUACAUUUCACAUAAAAUGCUUGAAUUGGAUGAUUUUUCCUGAGUUCAAAUGAUUCCUAUGGCUAGCUGAGACUAUUAUAAAGGAUGUUGGGGUCUAGAGUAAAGUGUGUGUACGAAAAGAGUGUAUGACUGUGUGAGACUUUGUGUGGGUAUAGUUUUCUCUGUUUGAUGUGCAAACACAGCUAAGCAGAGCCUCUUGUCAUUUUCUGAGGCCCUGAACUCCAAAUGACCAAAUCUUUAUUUUGUUACUCUCAGAUAAAUGAUUCCAUAGCAAUUUGUUCAAUAUUUUAUUAGGUUACCUGUAAGGUUAUGUUCAUAUAGCAGAGAGCUACUAAAAACAUAAUUCAGUAGACAGGAAUCAUGCAUUUGUUUCUUUUUUGGAACACCUCGUUUUAUUUGAUUUUACGCUAUAUUUUCUGUACUUCAUUCAAUAUUAAAUUAACUUAUAACAUU